CAAUUUAAAAAAAAAAUAAUUCAAUUUAAUCUCCGAAAUUAUUAUUAUUUACGUCAAUGUUGAAAUUGAAAUGAUUCGUUGUUGAAGUGAAUGAUCUUGGAAAUUGGUAAAAUUCAUUGAGGGCACAUUGUAUUGAUACGGAGAAGCACAGGUGAAUUAAAAUUUGACACAACGUUGCAUCCAAGAUCGGCUUAAUAGUCGAACGAUUUCGAAAAAAAAACAUAAAUCUUAAUUUGAUGUGUAGUUUAUCCAAAGUAUAAAAGAAUAGUUUGUUGCGAUUGAAUGUGAAUAUGAUGUGUGAAUGUCGAUGAUAAACUGCUGCAUAGACUAAGGAUUGAACAGAAGAAAAAAAUAUAGAUAAUGGACAUAUGAGGAGGAACAAAAGCAAACUAGCAAUAAUUAUAAUAUAAUGAUAAUAACAUUGUUGUAAUAUGACAGUAGUGUCUGCAUUUUUUAUUAUCCAUUGAAUUAGAAAGACAUGGCUCGUUCCAGGUAUUUUUUCUUCCCCUUCGUUGUAUUGUUUCAAUAAAAAAUGUGUAAAAUUGAUAAGCUCUUGUUUCAUGCGUGACACUUUAAAAUCAAACGAUUGAAUGUAAUUUUUGUUGCAAAGCAAUACAAAAAUGUAGUGUUCACGAGUACAUAUACGUCCCUGAAUAUCACGUGGGUUCUGAGUUGACCUAAUACCCCUCCAAUACGCAUGACACAUCAAUAACAAUUCCUGUAUACCCACACUAUCUGCAAUUGCAGUACCUAGAAUAAGUUGAAAUCCAAAAAACGAGAUCACCCUAUCACGUUAUCCCAAAAAAAAACCACUAAUAAAAAUCAAUUUCUAUAAAAAAAGCACUGAACAAUCGAUGUAAUCGAUAAAUUUUAAGUAAUUAAAAAAAUGUCAACAAAUACAGAAUGGGUGUAUGUUAAAUUUGAAAUGUCCUCAAUUAAAAGUGCAGCUAAAUUUCAAGUGAAAAUUUGUGGUAAAUGAUACAACGAGAAUGUAAUCGAACUGAUUAUCGUCCAAAUAUUUUGAUGACACAUUAGCCCCACGUCCCCCAGCAAAUAAUUUCAACCUUGAGCCCAGACUGAGAAUGAAACGCUGGAAGUGCUGAUCAAAGUCCAUUACUCUCACUCAGUGGUGUAAUUUAUCUUCAGGGCUGAGAGAAUGCUACAGUGGAUAUUAUCAGUUGUAUUCUAGCACUCGUGACACGAGGUUGAACAUUCAGAUAUUGUGAUAACGUCAAUUGAAGUGUCACAGAGGUGAUAGAGUCAAUAUAUUCGCCAAUAUACUUGAUAAAUUGAACGUCAAAUUUCUGAGAGACAGAGAAAAAUUUAUAUUUUUAAUUACAAAGAAUAAAUUAAAAUUGCUCUGAAUUAAUCGAUUGCAUUGUUGUUGAAAUAAUUAAUAAUCCUCCUCAUGAUAAUAAAUAAAUAAAAAUUCCAACUUUGUUUGAGAUAAUGGAUAAAUCAUCGGAUGACGUGUACUUGAACGUAACAGUCGAUGAGAAUAAUUUUUUUCAUGGGGCAAAGGAAAUUAUUAAGCAAUUGAGACCAAAUUGGCCCUCAGACCAACUGAAAUUCAAGAUUUUUACCGAUGGAAUUACGAAUAGAUUGAUCGGCAUUUAUUUCGAUGUAUGAAAAAACGAUAAAACCAUUCGAGAUAUUGGAACAAGAGUAUAAAUUGUUGAAGGAACGAUUGUCAAAAUUGGACAGUCCUGUUGUAUAUUGUCACAAUGACCUUUUGCUUGCAAAUAUUCUUUACGAUAAGAGGGAUAAAUCUGUUGUAUUCAUUGACUUCGAGUACACAGCUUUCAAUUAUCAGGCAUUUGAUAUAGCUAAUCAUUUUGCUGAAUUCGCCGGUGUUGAAAAUAUAGACUAUUCACAUUAUCCAGAUGAAGCUCUCCAGAGAUCAUGGCUCAGGAUGUAUCUUCAAGUUUACAACGAGUGCAGCAAUGUCUCUGAGGAUGAUGUAACGAAAGUUCAUAAACAGGUGGAAAAAUUUGUACUGGUCGCCCAUUUUUUAUGGGGCUGCUGGGCAAUAGUGCAGUAUAACAAUUCAUCGAUCGAUUUCGAUUUCUUAAAAUUUUCUGCAGAGCGAUUCAACGAAUACUUUAGGCGGAAACAAGUCCUGGACGAGAGCUAGAAGAAUUAAUAUUCUCUGGAAUAUUGAAACAAUUUCCGAGGCAUUGGGCCGCGACGACCCGUAGUAUUUUAAAAAAUAAUUCUCAUUCCUGUGAAACAAUAUUUGCAUUUACAUUUGGAAUGAAUAUCAAUUGAUGAUAACUUAUUCAUCAAUGAGAGUUAAGAAGCUGGUCUUUAUCAAUUUUAUACGUCAUCAAGGCGAGAAUUUGUUAUAUUGUUGUACCAAUGUUGUAAAUAUAAAUUUUAUCAAACAUCGUUA